AUGCUGCGCUCAGCAACUCUGGUCGAGUACGGCAACCUCUGGCUCAAAUGGAUUGCCCAUGUGGGGGCGCAGGGGGUGUUCCGGCGGUACAGAGGCGAUUACAUCGUUACGGUCAUGGACAUCCGCAAGCACAGCCGGUUUCCCUACUGGGAUUGCGACGACCACGACAGAGAGCCUUACGAUGUGUCCGUCCGGUCGCUCUACUUGAAGAAUGCGUCCAACUUGAUGAUGGCGGGGAAGCAUAUCAGCGUCACGCAUGUUACGGAGUCGAACACCAAAUUUAUGGGGAACCGAGGGCAGCAUGCAAUUGCCACUGCGGCAGCGACUCAUCUUUGCAAGAAAGACAAGGCGACACCUAGGGAGAUGCACGCGCAUUUGACGGAGCUCAACCAGCUGUGUGACCGGAUGACGGGGUUGGGGGCUCUGACGCCACUUGUGGAAAAGUUGAAUUCGCAUCGAAGCUCUAACCCAGACGUGCAGCCUAACCAUGUGUGA